UAUUACUGCCCCAUGAUCACCUCCACCACACACACUUAUAGGUCUGUACCUCUUGUCACUACCCUUAACCCAACACCAACCUAUCCUACUACCCAAGAGCCACAUUAACGACCUGCAGCAGAGACUUGUGUGCCUGGUAACUGGAGUUAUGUAGCCAUGGACACCUGUGGUGGGUGUGGGCCUAGUGAUGGAGAAAGACUAGUGGACCUAGGUACAAAACAUGAUCUUGCAUCUGCCACCAAGCUCUCUCAACCAUCUACAGAGAAAGACAGGGCUAGAGCUUCAACAGAUAAGUUAAUUUCUGCAUCAGGAGGAAGAUGGAGUCAAGAGGAAAAGAAUGCACUAACUCGUGAAGUGAUGAAACCAUCUCGUACACUCUCUGUCACAAAUGGGGUGGUGGCAGUCAAUGGUAUACACAAGGCUCAAUCAGGACAUCCCUUGCAGCCUAGUGGGGUUGCAACACAAUCAGGUGAAAGACAUAGUGAACAAUCCCUGCUUAACAAUAACUUAAUUGAGGAAAAGUGUAAUCUUACGUGCGUUGAUGAAAAAUCUUAUUGUCUCUAUCAUAAGUUUCCAGCUAAAGUAAACAAUAAUGUUUAUCCUGAGAAGGGAACCUCAGUCAAGGAUGGGAUGGAUGAAUAUUUUCAGAUGCAUGCCUCUCCCAACUCUGGCAGGCAGCAGCCAUUGAUGAGACACAAUGAGUCUAGUCCAAGCAGAGAUGCUUCUGGAUAUCCUGACCAGCUUAAUCUUCUCAAUGGGGAGGAGGAAGAUGAAGAUGAUGGUUGUAUAUAUACAUACAAGGGAGAAAAUUUUGAGGCUAAUCCUUCUCAUUUGAUUGAUAUGUACUUCAGUUGUGGCUUGCCAAAUACAGAACGUAGUGCUGAUGAUCCUGGAAUGUUAGCUCACAGGUUACGCUCUGGAAGACAAGACCUGCCUGAACAGAAUAACUUGUUUUCUCCAGAUAUGGAUUUUUUAGAAAUGGAUUUUGACCCAGGACCUAAUGGUGAUGGGGAUAUAGAUUCUGACUGUGAAGAUAAUUGUGUUGAUGAGUGUGAUAGUAGAUUCUUAAACAGAGAACAUGCUGCAUUUAGUGCUGCUGGUGCUUUCAGUCCUAUAAGUGUUUUAGAUAGAAAAGCUAAUAAUUAUUGCUCGGAAAUGAGAAACCUAAUGUGUAAAAGGUGCGAGUCUAGUAUAUGUGAUGGUAAAAUUGAUAAUGUGGCCUUGAAUUUGAGUGUACAUGAAAUCCACUCUCCAUUUAAUAUUGGGAGAGGUCCAGAUAUUGGUUUUGACGACAGACCCAGUGCAAGAAAUAGUCCACUAAAUGUGCCAAGAAAUGGAAUGAAUGUCCCAAAAGAUUUGAAUGUAGAAUUAAAUGAAUUUUAUGAUGUCCAAGGUCAAGUGAUGGAUAUACCUGCACCUCAGGCCCAAGAUGAUGAAUAUGAUCCUCCUGAUAAUGACAGUGUUGAAAACAAUUUGGGUGAGGCAGAUAUUAUGGAUAUGAUUGAUGACUUUUGUGAAGAUGCCGAUGACGAAGAUGGAGAUGACAGUAAUUCCGAAAGAUAUGAAUUGGGAGCACGAUUUUCUCGGCCCAUUGGAAGUAGUGAAGCGACACUGCGAGAAAGAGAAGACCGAGGAUCAGGACCUAGCAGCUUUAGCAAAAAUAUAAAUAAAACCAACACUAAAACCAAUAAUAAUAAUCUAGGGUCUGUCUCAGCACCCGAAGUCAGCCCUGCCAAGGAAUACAGUCCACUGGAAAAGUUUGGUCGUAGCAUCAGCUUCCAUAACCAGCUUUCCAGUCCAAAAUAUGAGAAUGUUUGUUUUUCUCACCGACCAAAGAAAGAAGAACGGCCUUGUGAUGCUCAGAAUGAGAGGACUGUUCCAUCAGAGGCAGAAAUUGCUAACCUCGAGGCGUGUGCAGGUCGGCUCCACCGACGGGAAAACUCAGUCUUCAACAUCCUCUCUGAUUCAUCAUCACAGAGUGGAAAUACAGGCUGCCAUGAAAAAGCAUCAGGUACAAGCAUAGAAAGUAGUUUGGGAUCUGUGGGCCAACAUGUUAGCUUGGCAUUUGCUCCAGCUUCAUCUCCAGUUAGUCAUUCUUCAAGCCAUAAAAGUAUACCACCAUUGACUAGCCUUCUGCUGACUACAUUAGGAAAUACCAGCUGCACUGUGAUAGGAGCUAGUGGGAGCUCCUGUCCACUUCCAGUUAAAUCUUUACGACCCAAGAAUACAAAUCCUACACAGGACCCCAAUACGGCAAGUGAAGGUGAAGGUGGAGGAGAGGACAGCUGCCCAAGAGUCAGAAAGGUAAUGAUCUGGACAGAAUUACAGGCUACAGCACGUCAAGUCACACAGAUUGCUACUUCAGCUUGUGGUGCCACAGCAAUCAUCAAUGUCUUGUUGGCUUUGGACUACCCUUAUACAGUGGAAGAAGUACAGAAGAGCAUCCAGACACGGUUACGAGCAGAGACUGCCCCUGUUGUAGAUUAUCUGUUUUCCCGUUCUGUUGCUGGUACCACGCACAAAGACUUAAUAAAUGGAGUUAAACUAUUAUCGCAAGGUGCCAUUAAAGCAAAGUUCUUCCAUAUGUUUCCAAAGCGAGCUGUACAGCUGUCUCGGUGGCUUGCCCAGUGGAUUAGCAGAGGUGGUGUUCCACUUGCUACUCUGAAUCUUCAAGUGGGUGUUGCUCCAGGACAAACAAUCCCAGAUGCCUGGCACCAUCAGAUGAUCUUUGGUGUGGGCCCACAAGGAAUCUACCUAACUAACCCUUUGGAAUGUGUGUCUGAUUGUUUGCUUGGUGAUCAGUUGUGCACAGAUUCAGUGCUAUUAAUCCGAAGGGCAGAUGUGGUGGGACGAUGGGGUCAAGGAGAUAGACUUAUCAGAUUGACACGACAUCCAGAUGCAAGAUGGCGAGAAAUGAAUGUUCUUGGUCAGGUAGUUGGGGUAUUAAAGGAGCAGGCAGCACCACCUGUGGUUCAAGGACGAAGGCACUUGACAUCCCAUGUGGCCAUCCCUGCUGCAUACCAGUCUGGAGUGACUAUUUUCAUGCGAUCAGAUAACCCACAGCUCCAUGUGAUGAUGCAAGCAGAAGAAUUACCCUUAUUGGAGUGAUAGCUUGCUUAAUGUUUAUGCAUUGUUAUAGACUGAAACCUCAUCCUCACAAAAUGUAUUUUGAUAGCUGAAAAGGUUCUUUUGUCAGGAUUUGACUGAGAGGACCUUCAUCAUUGCAGGUUAUAAUUCACUCUUCCUUCAUAAUGCAGAAGAGAGCUCUCCUUUGUGCAGUGAUGAGCUUAUGUGAUAACAAACAUUGUUCCUUACAGAAUCACCAGUAUUGUUUUACAAUAACUCAUGGCUGGUUCUUUUUUUUACACUUCAUAUGAUUUACUGUUGCCUUUAACCUUGAAAUCAUAUAUUGGUUUGGCCUCUUCUCAGUUAAAAUAUUUUAUAUUUAAUAUUCUUAGUCAAAAGUAUUUUAUGAAUUGCAUUUCAGUAAAUUAAAUGACUAAAUCUUAACGAGUGCAGGAGAGAGAGAGAGAGAGAGAGAGAGGAGGGGGGGGAAAAAAAAAAAAAAAUUGUAAGGAACCUACCCGUUGGUUUGAGAAAACAUGAAUGCCAUACACUAAAAAUACAUUUAAUCUUGUCUCAAGAAUUUCUUCCCGGUGACAAAGUUAUUUGUCCAUUCGUAUAAUUUUGAUUUGUGCCUUUCAUGAUUUUAUAUACUUUCACUGGGCUUGUAUGCUUUCUACUAGAAUUAGCAUUGACCUAUGAUCACACACAAAUUAGGAUAGAAACUGGCUCGUUUGCAUUAUAUGGAGUCGAGAUUCCAACAAUAUGGCAUGUAGUUAUGACAGCUAUUAUGAGUAACCACAGAAUCCAUAGAAAGAGUGAUCUGCUAAAAGAUUUCUGUACAGCUUAUCAUUUUGACAGUUGUAGUGUACAAAAGAUAUUUAUGUUGAAGUUUAAAUGAAUUCUUACCGUUUUUCAUCUUUCCACAUACUUAGGUAUAGUUCUUAUAUUUUUUAUUUCUAUCUUCAGGUUUUAUCAUUGUAAGAGGGGAAAUAUGAAAGGAGAAUAUUUGUUACUUGAAGUGGUAAAUUGUCAUGCAUUUGAAGGUAAUGUAGCUACAUCUAGUAUUCAUCUGGUAUGCAGUGUUUUCAUUCACUGCUCUUUUGGGUAGUCUAUGUCUUCAUAGACAAUAUGAUGAUGCCAAAAUCAAACUCUUAUGUACAAUAUUUAAGGUAUGAUUGAGCUUUAUUUUUGUUGCCAUAUCUUUGUUGACUAAGUUAGAUAAGAUGCUUCCACUAUCUUCCUCUUCAUAUUUAUGUAGUUUAGUCUUACUCUGCCACUUUUUGAUAAUGGAUGGAGACAGCCAAGUGGACUUCUCAUGCAGCUGCCCAACUUUUAAAACAGUUUUAGUUCUAAAGCUUAUAAUUUUUUUUUCAAGAGGCUAUUUUCAUUUAAUUUAUUUUUUCGUUUAGAAAUAAAUUUUAUAUGUA